AUGAAGUGCAUCUUUGUGGGAUAUUCUGCUACUCAGAAGGGAUAUGUUUGCUGGAGCCCAGUGGAAAAAAUGCACUUUCGAGAACUCGAGCCGUAUUACACCCAGAAGGUUGCUAAGAAGGACCCAAAAUGGAAAGCGGCUAUGCACGAGGAGUUAGGGGCUCUUGAGAAGAACCGUACUUGGGAGCUAGUAAAACUACCAGAAGGAAAGCGAGCAGUUGGAUUGAGCGUGGUGAGUCGCUACAUGCACGAUCCGAGGAAUGGUCAUAUGGACGUUGUGUACCAGAUUCUGAGAUAUUUAAAGAGUGCCCCCGGAAAGGGACUGAUAUUCAGGAAGAAUGGACAUGUGAGCAUCGAGGGUUAUUGCGACUCUGAUUGGGCUAGCUGUGCUGAUGACAGGAGAUCCACCUCAGGAUAUUGUAUCUUUGUAGGAGGCAACUUGGUCUCGUGGAAGAGCAAGAAGCAAUCGGUGGUAGCGAGAUCAACAGCUGAAGCAGAGUAUAGAGCCAUGGCCUUAGGAGUUACAGAGUUGUUGUGGUUAAAGAUGGCUACUCUUUCUAGUCUUUGA